CAACUUUUUUAACACGUAAUAACGCUCGGUUGUCCAAAUUUAAAAGUCAAACUACUGUCAUCAAUUGUAUGUCAAAAGGUUAAUUUUGUUAUUAAAUAAAUAAUGGAAUUCAAAAAACGCACAAUUUAUUUGACAAUAAGAUAUUUAGACGAUUCCACUGAUAAUCCUAAUACGGUGAAGAAGAUUAUCGAAGUGUCUCCACAUACAGAUCCGAAUAAUUUAAAAACAGAAUUAUACAAAAUUUGUAAUAUUUCUAAUGAAAAAGUGAUGAAAAUACGUAAUGGUGAAGGCGAUUUAGUACCAAUAUCGUUUUUAGCUGAUCCUGAUAUACCAGACAAAUACUUUCAACUUGACAUUACGAAUGUGUCAUAUAUUGAUAGACCCGCGGCGAGUCUCCUACAAGACGCUUACGUCGACGCAGUUCAACAAAAGAUCAGAACUUUGGAAAGUCGUAUAGCACAAUCCGAAUUACUUCUACCCCAAUUGGAAUGGCGCAGACAAGCCUACAUGGAAGAUACCGUGAAUGGUUUACUUUAUAAAGUUGGAUUUUUGAACAGGAGAUUCGACGAAUUGUUACCCCAAUGUAGACCUAAACACACCGAAACAAUGGCUUAAAUCAAGAAAUAUUUCAUGUAAUCUUCAAUGAUUUUAAUAAAGUCGAUUUUUUUUAUAUAAA